CCAUCUCAAGCCAGGGAGCAACCACCCGCACCAACCCUGCCCGCGAUGACGCCCGCGCCCGUCGACGUGCUGCUGCUCGGCUCCGGCUGGACGAGCUCGUUCCUGCUGCCGCUGCUGCACGAGCGCCGCAUCUCGCACGCAUACACGAGCCGCACGCCGCGCGCCGGCUCCGAGGCGCUCACCUUUGCCGUGUCGGCUGAGGGCGCCGCCUCGCGCGCGGCAUGGCAGGCGCUGCCUCAAGCGCGCUGCGUGGUCAUCGUCUUCCCGCUGCGCAGCCGGGCGGCGGCACACGCCAUCGUCGAGAGCUACGAGCUGGCGCACGGCGCGACGAACUGGAUCGCCCUCGGCAGCACGGGCGCGUGGGGGUCGGAGGGUCACUUCACGUCGAAGAGCCCCGUUGACCCCAAGAAUGGGCGGGCCAUGGCAGAGUCCGCCUUGCUGGACCUCCACCGCAAGAACGGCCGGCAGAUCAUCGUGCUGAAUCUUGCUGGCCUCUACGGCGGCGAGCGGAUCCCGUCGAACUUCGCCAAGCGUGUCGGCUCGUCGAUCGAGAAGCUCGGCGAGAAAGGCAGUGUGCACCUCGUGCACGGCCGCGACGUGGCGCGGGCAGUCGUUGCAGCGUACGAGGCGCGCGAGAACGCGCAGAUCUGGGGCCGCCGCUGGAUCGUGUCCGAUGGGCAGACGUACGACUGGUGGCUGCUUGCGCUGACGCUGCGGCCGCUGCCGCUCGAAAAUGGCGUCGAGUGGGUCGCGCAGCUGUGCCGCAAGCAUGCCGUGUCCGCGCUGCCGCGUCCGCUCUCCAAGAACAGCAGCCAGACUGCUCCGCGUUUCAUACAGCGCAGCCUGGAAGGCAACGACUUCUGGCGCGCCGUCGGUUUGGAGCCGGAGGUGCGCCGGUGCGAUCUCGAGGGCCGACCCGAGCCGCGGCCAUUCGAGCCGACGCUGUCGAAGGAGAGCCUGGAGAACUUGCGGUCGAAGGUGGACGCUGCACUCGAGGAGCGCGACGGCAAAGGUCCGUCGAGCCCGUUCGAGGCGGACAAGACGCGCUUUGGCUUGACGCACGAUCGCUUCAUGGGCCUGUUGCGCUCCUGGUCGGCGUUCCUGGACGGUGCUGAGGCGCAAAAGCAGACCAAUAAUCGGCGACCGGGUGCCGAUGACGACACCUGGGCAGCGCAGCAGAAGCGCAUCUCCGGUUUCCAGCACUACCAGAUUGAUGUAAACGACGUGACAAUCCACUACAUCCGCGAGAAGCCCGACUACGAGGAGGCCGAGCGCACCGGCCGGCGAGUCAUUCCGCUUCUGCUGAUGCAUGGGUGGCCCGGCAGCUUCCUCGAGUUCCUUGAUGUGAUACAGCCACUGGCACACCCCGGACCGAGCGCGCCGCCGAGUGUGCCGGCGUUCGACGUCAUCGUGCCGUCCCACACAGGCUACGCUUUCAGCUCGCAGCCUCCGGUGCGCCCGGGCAAGGGCGGCCAGACGGCACAGGGCAGGUACUCGGGCCCUGAUGGCGACUUUCUCGUCAAAGACGAGGCGCGCAUCAUGGAUGCCCUCAUGCGUGCGCUCGGCUUCCCCUUCUACGCCGGGCAAGCAGGCGACUGGGCGAGCGCAGUGCUGCGCCAGAUGUCCCGGCUGGCGCCUGCUCGAUGCAUCGCGGUCCACCUCAACUUCUGCCCCGCGCCGCCGCCGCGUCUCAGCCCGCCGCUGGCACGCCUCGUGCCUUCGCCGAUCCGGUCCAUCGCUAGCGCGGUGACGCCAAGCGUCGUCUCAUCGGCCGUCGAGUCGCUCGCAGAGCUGCCUCGCACCGUCCCGCGGCGCUGGUGGCUGGCAGAUCCGCCGGCGCGCCUCUCUGUCCGCGGUCUGGCCUACCUCGCUGCUCGGGCCGUGGCCGGCGCUCCUGCCCUCCUCACGCCAGAGGAGCGCCGACGCGCCCUGCGCGGCGUCGAGUGGCAAGAGCGGGGCCAGGCGUACGCCAACUUCCACGGCACGCGACCGAGCACACUCGCGAUUGUGAUGGAGUCGAGCCCGACAGCGUUGCUUGCCUGGAUCGGAGAGAAGUUCAUCGAGUGGACCGAUGAGGACCCUUCGGACGCGGAGAUUCUGGCGAGCCUCACGCUCUGGUGGUGCACCUCGACAAUGGCUCGCUCUCUGUACCCCUACCGCAAUCGUCCGCCGCUCGGCCUGCAGGCGCUCACCGCGCUGCCACAAGCGCGCAUCCCGUGUCCUGCCGGCUACUCCGACUCGCCCUUCGAGCUCCUGCCCACGCCACUCGGCUGGGUCCGCUCGACGAUGGACGAUCUGCGUUGGACGCGGGUGCACGGCAGGGGCGGACACUUCUUCGCACUCGAGCGCCCCACGGCGUUCGUCGACGACAUGCGCGACUGCUUCUCCUGCAUCUGGCCAGUGCCAGCGGCCCGCCUCUGAGACUUCUCCGGGCCGCAGUCUGUCAGCUAUUGAACUCUCAGAGCAGGCCCUUCGCUCUGCAAAGCGCAGGCAAUAGAGACUUGAUACACAAG